UUCCGGGUUGCCUCCCCGACCAAAACAGUGCGCGGCUGCCCAUUAUUUUUUACGCAGGGUGGCAAGAGGAGUUACUCACAGCGACCUAUUCUAUAUAAGCUGAUUAACGGCAGCCUGGAGAAUGGCCGGGGAGACAGAGGACGAAAUACCUGAAUCAGGCGCUGUGUUCACCUUCGGGAAAAGUAAAUUUUCUGACAACAUCCCUAGCAGAUUUUGGCUGAAGAAUGACACACCCUCCAGAAUAUGUUGUGGAGAUGAGCACACAGCGCUGAUCACAGAGAAAGGAAAGCUGUUUAUGUUCGGCAGUAAUAACUGGGGACAGCUCGGUUUUGGAACCCAGACCACUGUGUCUAAGCCUACUUGUGUGAAAGCUUUGAAGACAGAAAAGGUGAAGCUGGCUGCUUGUGGAAGAAGCCACACUCUCGUUUACACAACUCAGGGGAACGUCUAUGCAACUGGUGGCAACAGUGAGGGGCAGCUUGGCCUUGGGGACUAUGAUGAAAGAAGUACUUUCCAAUUGGUGGACUUCUUUAACAAGCGGGGACCAAUCAAAAUGCUCGCUGCUGGUUCCAACACCUCAGCCGCUCUCACACAGAAUGGGGUGCUGUAUGUGUGGGGCGACAACUCUGAGGGCCAGAUUGGUUUGGGAAAAGAAAGCAACGCUGUCAAACCGCAGAAGUUGUCCGUUGGACGUCCUGUUACCUGGGUGGCCUGUGGGUACUACCACUCUGCCUUAGUUACCGUUGAUGGGGAGCUGUUCACUUUCGGGGAGAGGGACAGUGGGAAGUUGGGCCUGCCCACCAACAAGCUGGCCAAUCACAGGGUCCCCCAGCUGGUGGAGGGCAUCACGGACAGAGUCCUGCAGGUGGCGUGUGGCGGAGGACACACGGUGGCUCUCACAGAGGAUUGUCUAUACACAUUCGGCCUGGGUCAGUUUGGGCAGCUUGGACACGGGACCUUCAUCUUCGAGUCACGGUCACCCCGCGCUGUGGACCACUUCCGCAAGGGUCGAGUCCGACAUGUUGCAUGUGGGGAGAACCACACAGCAGUGAUUACAGACUGUGGCCUUCUGUACACGUUUGGAGACGGUCGUCAUGGGAAACUGGGGCUCGGAGAGGAGAACUUCACCAACCAGUUCAAGCCCACACUGUGCCCACGGUUCCUCAAGUACCAUGUAGAUGCUGUUACAUGCGGAGGUUGUCACAUGCUUGUGUUUGCCAAAUCCCGCUCGAAGGCGGAAGAGGAAGUGACCUUGGAGGAGGAUGAUGUGACUGAGGACUUCUGGGAGAAACCCUACACAGAGUUGCUAGGCGACACCGUAGAGUCUGCCACCCUCCAGAGGAGUCUCUCUGCUCGGGUCCGGCGACGAGAAAGGGAGCGAUCUCCUGAGCAGUUUGGGGUGAUGUUCCGCACUCUUCCCCCGCUCUCGUCGGCCCACCUCGGCACCACCAUCUUACCCGUACCCAGCCAGACACUGCCUCCCAGGCUGCACCCGACGGACCUGCAGGACCGAAAUGACCUCAAUCGUGGCCGUGCCAAGAAGAGUGGCCUCUCCACCAGAAUAGGAAAAGCAAAAAAGGAGAAGUCCAAAGGCAAGAAAAGUUCCCCAGCGGACGCUGGAGACGACAGUGAGAGUGUGAAAGAUUUGGGCGAAACCACAGACAUACUAAAUGUUACUCAUAUGAUGAAGAUGGAUCCCAGUGACCAGUCGCUGACGUUGUCUCCAGUGCAUAAGAAGACAGUUAAGCUUGUGAAAAAGCAGCAUGGUAAGGCCCCACGUGGCGAGGACACUUGUCCUGAGAGUAGUAGGCACGAGCUCACCCCCAAACGGGCACUGCCCACAGAGCGGCUCCAGAGCCCCAGCUCGAGGUCACUGUUGUCCGAGAGUGGGGACGGCAGGGGGGCGCUGCGCCAGGCCCCUCAGACCCGCAGCGGCGGGAAGGAAAAUGUGCUCGUGCCCACACUGGAGUCCGGCUCUAGAGCACAGGUUGGCAAGGGCAAAAGGUCAGAGCAGGACAGCAGGAGGGGGGGGUCUAGGCCUUACUCGCCUGUUCAGAUGCAGCCAUCAAAGGAGAAAGGUCAACUGAUUGAGUUGGCCAAACCUGUUAAAGCUGCCAAAGCGAAAUCUGUGAUUGCUGAAACCAAAGGUGAAGAACUUAGCCAUGAUAGUGACAGUACAGCCGGAAUCAAACCCUCCACAAAAGAUCAACCAAAGCUCUCAAAAGACAAAAGACAGGAACUGAAAAGCAGUGCAGCAAGGGAUGCUGGUGUAAAGAUGGUAGGUGGCCUAAAUUAUGGUCUAUUGACACCAGAGCCAGUUCAUGUCAAACACAAAUCCUCUGGAACUAAAGAAGCUCACAAAGCAAAAGAAACUCCCGAGAUGGCCGUAAUGAAAUCUAAACCAAGUACAGAGCUCAAGACCACAAAAGGGAAAAGUAAACCAGUGAUGGUUCAAAGUAAACCUGCAGAAGGCAAGGACAUGGCAGCUGAAACGACAUCUGAAAGAGACUCUGAAAGUCCUAAGAAAACCAAAGAGGACCUCAAAAAACCAGGCAGUAAAAAACCUGGGUUGGUCAGAAAACCUGACCCAUCAGACGAGCAACAGAUUUCUACAUUGCGCUCUGAAGCGAAAAAAACAACCACUAAGACCAAGCCCGGACACAAAGGUCCGAUUGUUGUAACUGAAGCUGGUCGGGCAACUAGUCGGGGGAAACUGCAGCCUGGUUGGGACACGCAGUCAGAACUGGAACCUGAGCCCAAGACGUCCCCAACAGGUACCCUAUCCGCUGUGUCCUCCAUGAUGCAGGAUGUGGACGUGGAGACUGCGACCAGGCUGGUGAAGACUGUGGCAGGUGGACAACUCUUCUCCAGGCCCAGGGACACCGGCUCAGCCCAGUCCACCCCUCGGACCAGGCCCACGGGGGAGAGGUUCACCAAGCAGAGAGCGGUCUCCACGGCAUCCUCCAAGAGCGAGGAGUCGACCAGCGCCGCCCAGCCAAGCAAGAGGACGGCCGCUACCAUCAACGUCAGACCCGACCCGGGUAGCUCCGGUCAAGAGGAGCCCGACUCAGAGCAGGGGGACGGAGACGAAGAGGGGAGCGACCAGGAGGAAGAGGAGGAAGAAGAGGGAUCUCAAGAUGCAACCCAAAGGCAAGGAGGGACGACCGAGAGUGAGGAAGAUGAGAGCCAGGAGGGCACCGAGAGUGAGGAAGAUGAGAGCCAGGAGGGCACCGAGAGUGAGGGUAGAGCGCUGAGGUCAGGGAGGAGUGAAGCCAAGACGAAGAGUGGCGAGGGAGAGAGCGGGACUCGCGUAGACGUCACUGACGAUGAUGAUGGUAAUGGAGAGAAGGUUGAUGACGACGACGACACUCUCGGAGGGAUAACGGACGCAGAGGAGAGUGACACGAGGGAGGAGAGUAAAACUGCAUCAGCCGAGGAAGAGGAAGAGGACACGGUCACCGAGGGGAAGAGUGAGAGUGUAUCAGCGGAGGAAGAGGAGGGUGAGGAAGAGGAAAAGUCAGAGAGUGGGGGAACAGUGGGGGUCAGUGAAGACGAGGAGGAGGAUGGUGAUGAGAUGGAGGGAGAGGAAGAUGAGGAGGAGGGGCAGGAGACCGAAAGUAAACUAAGUGAGGAGGAGGAGGACGAGGAGGAGAGCAAAAGUGGUUCAAGCAGCGGGGCUGGAAGCCAGAAGGAGGAGUCCGAGGAGGUGGAUGAAGAUGAGGAAGAGGAGGAGGGAGAGGAUGAAGUGACCGCAGAAGCAGAGAGCGAAGGGGAGGAGGAAGAUGCAGAAUCUGCGGAGGAGGACAGUAAGAGUGAAGGGGACAGUGAGGCAGAGGGGGAGAGUGGAGAAGCAGAAAGCAGCGAGGAGGAAGAUGAGAAAGGGAGCAUCGAAGCUGAAAAUGAGGAGGGAGAAGAAGAAGAGGAGGAGGAGGAGGAAGAAGAGAAAACAAAACCAAAGGUGACAAUCCAAAAAGAGCGAAAGGCCACGAAAUCUUCAAAACCAGACGCCAAACUAGAGGCCAAACAGACUAGGCUAACCGCUUCAGCCAAGGGCCGGUCACGCUCAGGGAGGAAGCAGUCCAACACUGGCUCCCAGGAGUCUCAGCAAUCCCAGUUCUGGGAGGAUGUGCUUCCACAGUACCUUCAUCUGAAAGACGGUGCAGGUGAAGCCUCACAGGAGACUAGUGAGACAGAGGAGACUAAUCAAGAUGGAGAUGAAGAUGAAGACGAUGAAGGUGUUGAAGAAAUGGAGGGUAGUGAGGAAGAGGAGGAGAAGGAUCAAGAGAAGGAAGAGGAGGAUCUACAGUUACAGGAGGCGGAGCCAGAGCCAGACAAAAGCCUCAACGCCUCAUCACCGCAGGAAGCAGAGGUAGAAAAAGAAAAAGAGGAGGCGGCCCCAGAUGGCGCAGUUAAAGAAAAAGAGGAGGCAGUCCCAGAUGGUGCAGUUAAAGAAAAAGAGGAGGAAGCCCCAGAUGGUGCAGUUAAAGAAAAAGAGGAGGAAGCCCCAGAUGGUGCGGUUAAAGAAACUGAAGAAAAGGUGGACCAACAGCCUCAAACGGAAGAGGUGCUGGAGACCAGCACACAGCCACAGACUGAGAAAGAGGAGAAAUCAAGGAGCAUCUUUGGACCAAACAGAAGGAGUUCUCUGUUCCAGCGGCAGCCCUCCAACAGACGUCAGCAAUCAAAGGACAAGAUGGAGGGCUUAUCGGAGAGCACUUCAACAGGGAAGCCAGUCGUUGAGGGAUCCUCCAUGCCUGACCAGAGCGUUGGAGAUGCAGGACGCAGCAUCUGUAGCGAGACCCAGCAGGGUAAGAAGGGACCUGCUGGUGGACGCUCACGGUCAGCUACCUGCGUCCUCCUCUGAAUACCCUCAGGGGCAACUGCUGGGAUGGACACUGGGAGCCUGCGCAACCAAACAGAGUUCUGCAGAUCUAGAGGAAGACCACUAACUUUGUUUCUGAUUCUUUAUUA